AUGAGUUACACAACAGACCAAUUCUUUCACAGUCUGUCCAUUGAAGACUAUGGCAUACUCUGUGUUGAUCUGAAUGUCAAUGGGUCACAUAUCGCGGCUCUACAAUCGAAUUUACAAUUGCAAAACUUGGAUAAUGCGGCUAUAGAGGAUUUGGUGGAACGACAGAAGUUCUACAAAGGUAAAUGGACGCGGUUUAACAUAAUGGUAGCGUCGUAUCUCAAAUUUUGUCGAGAUUUAGAUCCCUGGUCAGUGUGGGCCAGUUCUGACAUGAUCUUCCAGUACUACUCGGAUUUGAACAACUGUCUAUUGAACGAUUCGUAUCCACUAGACAAUCUGAUUGAUGUGUAUUUGCAGAAUACCGAGUACGUUCUUUCUAUUGCUCAGAAGCUCGACAAUAACUACCGCUCUUUGAAUACAAGGAAGUUCCAAUUCAUGUCGUACGUCUCGUCUGUGAUCUCAAAGCUUUUCAAUAGUAUCAAACCGAACAAGUCCACGGAUGGUGGAGAAGCCAUCAUUUCUAAAAAACAGCAGACACUGUUGUACCUCGUGAACAAAUUGAACAACAUAUAUUUCAAGAUAAAGUCGCCCCAGUUAUGUUCCAACAUCUUCAAGAAUUUCAAACCGAAGAGUGACGUCAAGAAUUUUGGCCAAUUCCCCGUCAAUCAACAGAUUGAGUACAGGUAUCUCUUGGGGAAAUACUACCUGUUCAAUGCGAGAAUCACAAACGCUUUUGUUCAAUUGAACAGUGCGUAUUCUCUACUAGCCGGUUUCAGCGGUUCAAGGAAUCCGGCGAUACUAAGAAAUCUUCGGAGGCUACUGCGGUACCUAAUUCCCGUUGGUUUAAUUAUUGGGAAACUCCCCAAUGUCGGGAUUGUCGCGCAAGUAUAUCCUGAAUUAGCACAAAUGUAUAGACCGCUAAUUCAAGCUGCUAGAUCCGGAAACAUCUUCGCGUUGAAUGAAUGGUUUAGACACAACGAAUUAGAGCUCAGGCAGCGGCAGCUGCUGUUGAUAUUGGUCGAAAAAUUACCAAUGAUAACGUACAGGUAUCUACUGAGAAGGGUUAUUCAGAUUCGCUCGUCAGUGGAAAACACGAACAGACUGUCCUAUGAUGUCCUGCAAAAAGCCUUUGAACUGGCUAUUCAGGACAACGGGAACAAACGGCAUGAUAUUUAUGACGGGAUCCACGAUAGCAAAAAUGCAGAAAACGUACUAGUGACUCUAAUCAAUCUAGGCUACUUUCGUGGCAAUUGUUUCCCCCUGUUACAGUUGUGUGUAUUUCAAAGAACUGAAAAUAUUGACGAGGUCCUGCCAUCAGUAACAGAAAAGAUUAUCGCCAUGUUCCCCCUGAACAACGAAGAUGCAUGGUUAGAUUCUUAA